UGCUCGUCCCGCCCCGGAGCUGGGGGCAGGGAGCCGGGGGCUGCGUGGGGCUCGGCGCUCUGAUUCAUUCAUUCUUCGCCGAGGAGCCUCCGACCUGCUGCUGCUGUGUUCCAAAGAGAGGAGGGAAGAGGGUGCAGCCGCGAAUGAAGGGCCGCGCGCCGACCGGGCUCCAUUGUGCUCGGCGACGGGGGGCGGGAAGGGGCUGAGGGAGGUGGGAUCGGGCCCCCUCCCCCUGCGCCCCGGCGUGCGCUGCGCCCCCAGCCUGCUGCCAUCCUGGAAAUGGCUCCGUUUAUUCUCCUCGGGAGAAUGAAUCGAUCCUGCCCAGCCUUCUCUUCCUCCUCCCCACCUCCUCUCUGCUCCGAGUCUUAGAAGGGGACAAAUUAAAAAGACAGAUUCCUAUGUGGAGUGCCGUGCACGUCUCGAGCUGCCGAGUUUGCACUUCAAGGAGAUUUUUCUAUAUCGCUUUUUCUAAUGUGAGCGCAGGGAAGCAGUGGCUUGCUGCUUUUAGGAUUUUUAUUUUCACGUAGGGAUCUCUAAAGUGCACGUCGCAUUGGGUUGCACGCUCCACCCCCAGGGACCUGGUGUGGUGGAGAAAUUUGAACCCGCAGCCUUAGUAGCACCGAAAAGGCCGAGUUACCUGGCUUUCCCUGAGUGUCGUGGAGGACAUGAACAAAAUGACCACCGAACUCAUUUUUUAUAGGACUCGGUGAAGCUGGAUUCUGCGUUUUCCUACACGUAGACUCUUUUUUGUGGAAUAGAGUUGACCGCUGUUUCCUCCGCGCAGCAUUUUAACUCUAAUAAGCAAAUGCCACCUCUGUUUGAACGUUUUGGUAUUUACGAAAGAGAAAUCAUUUUACCUAAGGGAACUAAUUGAAUUGUCAGCAUCACCGAAAUACCUCCAGAAAAGGAUCUCGGGGGGUGGAAAAGCAACUGCGAAAUAGCAGACGGAGGAAUUCCUUUGGAAGUUAUUCCGUAGCAUAAAAGCAGAAACUUCAGAGCAAGUUUUCUUUGGUCAAAAUGGGAGUUGGGAUUGGUUAUGCUUGUCUGCUCCUCCCCUCACACUAUUCUCUCCAAAAAGAAAAUUGAAGUUUUUUCCCACAAGUUUGGUGAUAAUGGGAUGGAUUCACUGUCAACUGACAGGGAACAACCCAUCUUCAGCACUCGAGCUCACGUCUUCCAGAUUGACCCAAAUACAAAGAAGAACUGGGUACCCACCAGCAAGCAUGCAGUUACUGUGUCUUACUUCUAUGAUAGCACAAGAAAUGUGUAUAGGAUAAUCAGUUUAGAUGGCUCAAAGGCAAUAAUUAAUAGCACCAUCACCCCAAACAUGACAUUUACAAAAACAUCUCAGAAGUUUGGCCAGUGGGCCGAUAGCCGGGCAAAUACUGUUUAUGGACUGGGAUUCUCCUCUGAGCAUCAUCUUUCAAAAUUUGCAGAAAAGUUUCAGGAAUUUAAAGAAGCUGCUCGACUAGCAAAGGAGAAGUCACAAGAAAAGAUGGAACUUACUAGUACACCCUCACAGGAAAGGAGAGCUCUGCUCAGUAUGCUUUCAAAGUACAUAUUUCCUGACAGACUAAAGGAAUCAGCAGGUGGAGAUCUUCAAUCACCUUUAACACCAGAAAGUAUCAAUGGAACAGAUGAUGAAAGAACACCUGAUGUGACACAGAACUCAGAGACAAGGGCUGAACCAACUCAGAACGCAUUGCCAUUUUCACAUAGUUCAGCAAUCAGCAAACAUUGGGAAGCUGAACUGGCUACCCUCAAAGGAAAUAAUGCCAAGCUCACUGCAGCCCUGUUGGAGUCCACUGCCAACGUAAAACAAUGGAAACAACAACUUGCUGCAUAUCAAGAGGAAGCAGAACGUCUGCAUAAGCGGGUUACCGAACUUGAAUGUGUUAGUAGUCAAGCAAAUGCAGUGCAUACCCAUAAGACAGAAUUAAAUCAGACCAUACAAGAACUGGAAGAGACACUAAAAGUGAAGGAAGAGGAAAUAGAAAGAUUAAAACAAGAAAUUGAUAAUGCCAGAGAACUACAAGAACAGAGGGACUCUUUGACCCAGAAACUACAGGAAGUAGAAAUUCGGAACAAAGACCUGGAGGGACAACUGUCUGACUUAGAGCAACGUCUGGAGAAAAGUCAGAAUGAACAAGAAGCUUUUCGCAAUAACCUGAAGACACUCUUAGAAAUUCUUGAUGGAAAAAUAUUUGAACUAACAGAAUUACGAGAUAACUUGGCCAAGCUACUAGAAUGCAGCUAAGGAAAGUGAAAAUUUCAGUGCCAAUUGAUUAAAAGAUAUACUGUCUCUCUUUAUAGGACUGUUUGGGCUCUGCGUCAAGAUUGCACAAAAAAAUUUAAAUAUCACUCCUCCAGGAAGAGGAUCUUUUGAAAAUUGGAAUUGUAUAUUUCAGUGUAAACUUUAGAAUUCAGCUUGUAGCUAGUUUGGGGAAAAAGAGAUGAAAAACUUGAACUACAAAUUACCUCCAUGUAUAUUAUUGGCCAUAGUUAACUAGAAAGUUAUAGACAAUUAAUGCAAUCUUUUUUCUGAUAUUAGCCAAUGGGAGAAUUAACAAUGUCUGGGUCUCAUUUCUCUUUUGUGUUCAACACAGUGAAGGUUAUCUGCUUUUUAAAUUAUUUUAUUUAUGAUAUCUAAAACUGUGUUUUGUGCAAAAACUUAGUGAUGAAAGCCCUGUCUUUUGUUGUAAUCUGAAUAAUUUCUCAGGAUAUUUUUGCACUGCUGAGAAGCAGUGCCAUUACCAAUUAAUUCUUGCCAGGAGUGAAAGAGAGCUGCAUCUUUAAAUGAAACAUACUUACUCUAACUGGGUGUAUAGAGUUCUUCCCUUUUUUUUUAUACUGGAAGAUAUUUCACUCUGGUGACCACUCUGGUGUUCUCCAAUCUUGUCUGCUGUAUAGUUUACUUUUCCAUAUUGAUUCCAUGUACUUCUGAGAAGAUAUUGUCUCCCAUUUUAUUACACAUUUUAAAGCCAACUAAUGAAGGCAGCUGAGUCCCUCAGAAAUUUUUCUUUUUAAAUUUCUAAUAAAUUUGACACACAGUACUGAACUAUAGCAGCCCGUCACUGACGGUCUGGUCUAGCAAUGUUAAGUAUAUUAACAGAAUAUGCAGUUACUUUAUUUAUAUAUUUUGCAAGAAAUCUUUUCUGAAUGAUCAAUGCAUUUCAAUUUACAAAUAUUAAUGGUUAUUGGGUAACUGUUUAUUAUAGAUCAUUUUAAGGUGUAUAGCUAUUUUAAAGGGGAUCCAUUUCCAUCAAACAGCCUAUCAGAGGACUAUUGGAAUUGGAGCCGUGUACUCUGUCUGGGUCUUCACAUCAACCACAUCUUUAGUCAAACCUCACAAGGCAAUAUUCUGAACUGUUAACUAGGCAUUUCAAAACUAGGCAUUUCAAUUCAAUAGACUCUUCUCAGUGAACAGGUUUUAAUGUUGUUUUGAUGUAAUUUUAAAAGACUUUUAGCAAACAUGCAUUUCUUUCUAUAUUUCUUUUAAGAGGCUAUUUUAAAAGUAAGCCAAGUGCUGUCUAGUCUGCUUAUGGAAUAGGAAUUGCAUCAAAGUCCAUAUAUUCUUGCUGUACAAUGCCUGUGAUGUUGAGGAGGGUUCUUUUUUAAGUGUAUGCCUGAGUAUCUGACUCUAUGGAGUUUGCAAAUGCACUGACUUUUUGUUUGUAUCCCAAAACAAUUGAAUUGUUAAGUACAAAAUUAAGCUAAUUAAUCAAUUUGUAACCAUUUUUUUCACUCACAAACAGCUACUUAAAACUAGAUAAUUUUGUUUUAUAUAUGUAUGUGUAUGUAUGUGAAUACAUACAUAUUAAUUUAUAUUAGAGUGAAAAAUAAAUGGUUUGUUUCUAAAGUUAAUUUCUAAAGUGAGUUUUCAGAUGUCUAUGAAAGUUUAUAUCAGACACUUAAUCAUCACUUAAUCAUCAAGUAGUAUGUGUGCUUUAACAUCAUGUAAGUUACCUCCAUCUUAGGAUAUUUUCCUCACCUAUUUAGUGUGUGGAGGAUAAUUUAGGUACACAAACUCAGAGCUGAAAUUUUUCUCUGAUAAAUCAGAUAGUAAAAUGUAUUUGAUUUAUUUGAUUGGAAUUUUGAAAAUAGAAAUUAUUUAAUCCAUCAGUUUCUGAGUAACAAAGAGCACCAAAUUUUAAUUUAAAUAGGGGGUUUAACUCUAGGAAUCAGGGAAUUUGGUUAUGAAGAGUUAAAAAUUUAAAAAAACAAUUAAGCUGUUGAAUGGUAAGUGAAUUAUUUUAAUGCUGUAAUAAGAUAUUUUAAAAUUUU